AUGACAAUGCCCUACCACGCUCUGCGUGGCGUUUCGACCAAGGACUGGUCCUUUGACGACAUCGUCGCGUCCAGCGACAACUUCCACCCCGUCAAACGCGUCCGGUACGAUUCAGACCUGACCCUGGCUCUCGACGAAUACAAGAAAUCGGAUAUCCCCCUCAUAAUAGAAGGAUGGCACGCCUCGGACGCGUGGGAUCAUGAGCUCCUCAGUCUCAACUGGUUCGCCAAGCAUGCAGGGCUUCCCGGCGAUAGGAUCGAUGUACGGAAUGUUCAUACAUGGACGGACGAUAGCAUUCCCCUGCACGAGUUCAUAGCGAAGUCCAGGAGCAUCGGGCCCGCUGUAGUCGAAGGAGAAGGGGAACGCUUGUACGGAAAGGACGCGAUAUGUCCGGCCGCCUGGAGCGACUGGCUGCACAACCGCUCUGACAUCCCCCGUCAAGUCCUGCCCGACGACCAAUCGAACAUCCUGAACGCACUGCCCGAGAGUUCGCGCGUCGAGCACCUCAUGUGCUACCUUGGCGUCGGAGACACGUUCACACCCAUGCACAAGGAUCUCUGCGCGUCGUACGGCCAUAACCUUAUGACCUACACGGAAAAUGGCGGAUCCUCGUACUGGUUCAUGACGCGCGGACGUGACGCUCAACAGGUCGCCGAAUACUUCCACGACCUACAGCAGGAGCUAGAUCACGAGAACUACGUGAUCUCUCUGGAGGAGCUUCGUCGCGCGCCCUUCCCCGUGUACAUCGUCGAGCAGAAGCUCGGCGACAUGGUCUUUGUACCUCCCCGUUCGGCGCACCAGGUUGUCAACAGCGGGGGCAUCACCGUCAAGACAUCGUGGUCGCGCAUGGAGUUUGGCAGCCUUGGAGUUGCGUUGUUCAACGAGUUGCCUAUCUACCGGCGCGUGUGUCGCCGAGAGACCUACAAGGUCAAAUCCCUCGUUCAUCACUUUCUCCUACGCACCGCCCAGCUACUCGAGGAUCAACUCGAGACCGACAAAGCAGACGAAACCGUUGUGAGGCGGCUCUUCUCUCUGAUCGAGCUGUAUGACCACAUUCUCGUCGACGAGCAUACCGGAUCUCAUGCCACCAUGACGCACCUCACGACUUCCCUGAACGGUGACGCCGGGCCCUCGACAUCUAGAACGACCGCCAUCGAUUUUCCGGCCCUCGUCUGCGACUUCUGCGGUGCCGACAUUUUCCAGAGCUACUUUCGCUGCUCCACAUGUGGACGUCCGCCAUCAGAGGCAGAACUUGUCGAGGAUGUCUGCAUCUGCGCUGGCUGCUACGUCGAGGGGCGGACCUGUCUGUGUGAGAAUAUGGAGCCUAUGCAGUAUCGUCGGUUCGCUACACUGCUGGAUCUUAGAAAACGGGCACGAAGCGUUCUCGCGAGCUUCUCUCAGCGAUACGGCUAUCCUAGCGAGUCUUCGAUGUUCGAAGACGAGAAGUAA